AGCCGACCGAGUGAAGGAAGUAUUUUGGAAACUUUGGGUCUUACCACCAAUGAAAACGACUUUAGCUAAUUUGAAUUGCCGAAAACUGGGACAAUUUGGCUAUACUGCGUAUAAGUGUAGUGUUUUAACAAUGCGCUAGAGAUUAUGAGGCUUUGAAUGCGGCCACGUACGUCGUUUGUUUACAUGGCGAAACAACUGGCGAGCUAACACUAGCCUAGCCACUCGGCUCGGGGAAAUUGGAGUCACAUGAGCUGACAAUGAACAUGGCUUGUUAACAACAGCGACGACUUUUACUCACUUCUUGAUGUCACAAUGCCUUGUUCGUGCGGUAACUGGAGAAGAUGGAUUCGGCCUCUGGUGGUCCUGUUGUAUAUUCUAUUGUUGCUCGUUGUCCUGCCGCUGUGCGUGUGGGAACUUCAGAAGUCGGAGGUUGGCACUCAUAACAAGGCAUGGUUCAUAGCUGGGAUAUUUGUCUUCAUGACCAUACCCAUAUCACUAUGGGGCAUCCUGCAGCAUCUGGUUCACUACACUCAGCCUGAGCUUCAGAAACCUAUCAUCAGAAUAUUGUGGAUGGUGCCAAUCUACAGUUUGGACAGUUGGAUUGCCCUGAAAUAUCCCCACAUCGCCAUUUACGUGGACACGUGCAGGGAGUGCUACGAGGCCUACGUGAUCUACAACUUCAUGACUUUCCUUCUCAACUACCUGGAGAACCAGUACCCCAGCCUGGUCAUGAUGCUGGAGGUCCAGGAGCAGCAGAAACACCUCCCACCCCUCUGCUGCUGCCCACCGUGGCCCAUGGGAGAGGUUUUGCUAUUAAGGUGCAAGCUGGGAGUGCUGCAGUACACAGUGGUUCGACCAGUCACAACAGUCAUCGCUCUCAUCUGUCAGCUGUGCAAAGUGUACGACGAAGGCAACUUCAGCUCCACCAAUGCUUGGACCUACCUGGUUAUUGUCAACAACAUGUCACAGCUGUUUGCCAUGUACUGCCUGGUGCUGUUCUACAGGGCUCUGCGAGAGGAGCUGAGUCCCAUCAAGCCGGUGGGCAAGUUCCUGUGUGUCAAAAUGGUGGUGUUCGUCUCAUUUUGGCAAGCGGUGCUCAUCGCCUUGCUGGUGAAGGUAGGCAUCAUCUCAGAGAAACGCACAUGGGACUGGCAAAGCGUGGAGGCCGUAGCCACCGGACUACAGGACUUUGUGAUCUGUGUGGAGAUGUUCCUGGCGGCCAUUGCUCAUCACGUGAGCUUCACUUACAAGCCUUACAUCCAGGAGGCCGAGGAGGGAUCCUGUUUUGACUCCUUCAUGGCCAUGUGGGACGUCUCCGACGUCAGGGCCGACAUCUCGGAGCAAGUCCGCAACGUUGGCCGAACAGUGCUGGGUCGACCCCGGAAGCCGUACUUUGGCGAAGCGCAGAGCUCCGGCGAGCGCUCCGGCCUCCUCGCAUCACCGGGCUCCCAGGACGCCGUUGGCGAGGCGGCAUCCGAUCCGCCGUCGCCUGGGGGUCGCUACCAGGGCAUGGGACAGACACCCCGCUCCUUGUCGGCCCCCGCCGGCCUGGGCCAAGGACAAGAAGUCAGAACUGACGCAAGUGGCGGGGUGGACGACGAAGCGGCCCAAGCAGAUCUGAUCGUGGUCACUUAGUGUAAUUGCUAAUGAAUGGGCGGGACCUAGUGACUUUGCUAACUGUGGCACACCAAUCAAUAACGUGACAGCUGCAAGACUGUUCAGUGAGGAAAUGACACCUAACUCCGUUUUAUGUUGGAUCAUAAACCUGACAACUCUCAUGAAUAGGAUUUAAAGUAACAUUUUAAAGCUAGAGGGGCUUUGCCAUUUAACCUCAUUUGUUAAUUAUUGGCAGGGAGCUGCACGUCAAAUAAAUUACCCCUUGGUUUUUGUGUCUCAUGUACUAAGGAGUAUUUUAGGGCCAAACUGAAAAGACUAAUAAUUACACUGAAAAUGAAGACAAUGUUAUGAGAAGAAAGUUGCAUUUUGUAAUUUAAAAAAACAAAAAAAAUAAAUCAGUUUCUCUCUUUGUUGGAGAAAUUAAAGAAUUAUAUUAUCCAAGUAGAAAAGUCACGUUAAAACAAUUUUAAAAUUGUGGCGCAACUCGGUCCCCCGUGCCCCACGAACAGCUGGGGAAAACGUUUUUUUUCGAGGGGAAAUUAGCAAAAUACAUUUGAGAAACUCGUCACAAUUUAACAAAAAAUAAAAUUCCAUGUAGAAAAGGUAUUUUGAAAGUGAAAAAAAUCCAGAAAGAGGCAGUAUUUUCUUUUCUUAGUUUUAGAGAAAAAAAUACUUUUUUCUGUUAAAAAUUUUGACUUUUCUUAGAAAAAUGCAACAUUUUCAGUGAAAAGGACUUUCCUUGGAAAAUACAACUUUCUAAAAAAGCAAUUUCUUUUUUCAUUUAGGACUGUUCUUGUAAGGUUGUUUUUCUUAAUAUAUGAAAAUGUACAUUUUCUUUACCAAUGUUUUCCCCUUAAAUAAUAAUUUAAAAAUAAUAAAAAUGCUGUACUUUUUAGACAAAAAUACAACUUUGUUCUCAUAAGAUGGACUGUUUGAAAAAAAUUACAAGUCCACCCUCCUUUCAGUGUGGGCCUAAUAUACCAUUCUAAUGCCUUCCACAUCUUUAUUUUUUCCAAUAAAACUGACAACAUCAGA